UGUGUUGUGUUUAGGUGUGCAACACAAGGUCAACACAAGGCAGCAGUUCCAGACGUCGGCGUUCUGUGUCAGACACGUACUUCAGACACCCGACCCAGUUCCUGCUGACUUCAGCUCUGACAGAGAUACCCAACUCACCCCCUCAGCUCACCAGCACCACGUCUCUUGUCAUGCAGGAAGACCAGGGUACCAUGAUAUACCAGAUGACAUCCACAGACGCUAAUGGAGACGUGAUCAAAUACAAGAUGCGUGACGACUUUGUUGUUGGUGAUUUAGACUUGACGCUGUCAGAGUAUGGAUUGAUGACAUAUACACCUGCCAGAGACUUCUACGGAUCACUAGAUGUCCCGAUAAGUCUGUAUGAGGUGCCCCUAGCUGAGAUACCACCUGCUGAAACCGCAGUGAACAUCAGCAUCAUCGUCACCCCAGUCAACGACGCCCCCAGCGCCUUCGUAUUCAGUGACGGCGUCAGCUUCCUCCAUGCAGAUCCAGCACACCCUGUUCAGAUUCUGCUGGAGCAGGUUCAAGUCAAUGACAGCAACCCCACGACGUACAGAUGGGAGUUUGGGGCGUACGACGUUGACGUUGGCGACAACAUGACCAUCUACCACACUCAGCCGACAAGCGGGAACCUUAUCGUCGGUGACGUGAAUACCACGGACCCCUGUUCAUACAACACGAGCGGCAUUCCCUGUGAGAAGCUCCACCUCCCCCACCCCGCCGACUCCCUCAACUGGGUCUACACGACCUUCCAGUACCAACCUGACCCUGGUUACUAUGGUUACGAUGAGGUCCGGGUAUACGCCCAGGACCAGGCAGGGACAUACUCUGACGUCAUCACGAUCAAACCAACUGUGAUGGAGAUGCCAUGCAAGAAUGGAGGAGCAUGCAGAAGCAAAAAUGAAAGCUUGUACAACUGCACCAACUACCGCCGUGCUGAAGGCUUUGACCUUUACUAUGAGUGUGCGUGCGCAUCAGGCUGGACCGGCAUGCACUGCGAGGAUGACGUCAACGAGUGUGGCAGUUCACCAUGUUCCUGGCCGUACGUCUGCUACGACGACGUCAACAGAUACUACUGCGCAUGUGCAAAAGAAAAUCCGAACUGUGAUGGGUGGCAGGCAUGGAUGAUCGGGCUGGUGGUGUUGGCGGGAAUAUUGAUAAUCAUCUUAUCCGUGCUGGCUUGGUAUCUGUGCAUGCUCAAACGAGGACGGAUGCACUUGUCCUUGAUAUGGUACAAGCUAUUCAGGAUCCGACCGGAAGGAUCUAGAACUCCCUUUGUCAACGAAGGCUUCAGUGAUGACUUGUCUGGAAAUGGGAAAAGUCAUAAGUCCCGUGCUUCGUCGGGAGCGUCCGGCGUGUUCAUGUCCAGUGUGCGGCCAGAUGACCCCACAACUCCUGUUAGGUCAGGACUAUUCUUCCGACUGGUACCAAGUCUUGCUGACCACCUUUCCGCAAAACUUCCACCCAGUGAUGCAUAUCCGGGAGAGUCGAACCUUCGCUUUGAAGGCUCCAGAUAUCCAUGGACUCGUCCUGACGUUACGAGUGCAGCAAAGGACCGGCCCAUUACACCAGUGGAAGAUUACGAAGAAAGACCAAGCAGUUCAUCCUCUCUUAUCAGGGGAAAAUCACCGGUCAGAAGCGACUUGUUGGAACUGGAACCGUAUCCAGACUAUGAUUUGUGAAGAACCCCAGAACCCUUUAUGCCGUAGAUGUCUGUCUUCCAGAAAACACUCAAAUUAUGUCUCUUACUUUCCCCUCUGUUAAUCUAUAAGUCCUGCAAAUGGUUGGUUUGAUAUAUAUGUUGAUGUAGUUACAGUUGAUCAAAUAAGUAAUGUUUAAAAUAUCCAAUCUAAUCACAAGAGCUUUAAUUGAUGGAAACUACCGAUAGGAUGUCAUCUAUAAUUGAUAUGUGAAUGUUGGCCGUGUGUUUCCAUUGAUUAAAUCUCACAGAUUAAUCUGCUUUUGUAACAAUGUUGAAAUUAGCGUCAAAAUACAAGCAUGUGUCUCGAACAAGGAAUGGAAACUUAAAUAUGAAUUUGAAACAUAUAUAUGAAAAAUGUUAACCGUUCGAGAAGAUUAUUGUUUGCAUUCACCUCAAAUAUAAUAACGUUUCAUAUUUUGACGGCAGAUAUCACUACCAAACAAGCAAAGGACAUCACUAAUACAGUAAUGAAUCGUAUAAUUGUACUUUUUUCAUGAAGUUAGUAAACAUUCAAGGUGUUUAUUUGCAAAUAAACGUUCUUCAGCAGA